ACAAAGAACGACCAGGGCGACAAGCUGUAGCGGCUCUCCACUUUCAUGGACUAAUUUACAUAGUUAACUGUAAAAUUACCUUUUAAUACUAGGUAUUCUUCAGGCUCAGAGCAUCAUGUCUUAUCCACAGUCUCCAAGAAAGGCAGGGAUGCCAAGAGAAGUGUUGAAGUGGCUGCAGAGCCUCGAGCUCUCAAUUUAUCCGAAGAAUGUGCGCAGAGAUUUUUCCAAUGGUUUCCUUGUGGCAGAGAUAUUGUCUCGUUAUUACCCCCAAGACUUUCCAUUGCAUUCAUAUGACAAUGGAACAUCACUUGCUUCCAAACAGAGGAACUGGAGACAGAUAGAGAGGUCUUUACAGAAGCAAAAUCUGCACUUGAUGAAAGACGUCAUUGAUAGCAGCAUCCACUGCAAACCAGGAGCAGCUGAGCUGUUGGUGCAGGAGGUUUACACUGUUUUAACCAACCAGAGUAUCAGAGAUGUGCAGGGUCCAGAGUCAGACUUCACUGACAAAGAGUACCAGGAGCUCCUGCCCGCAGUGGCCCGCUCCACAGCCUCCAGAGCAAUCAAGAACAACCUGAGGAUAACGGAGAUCAUGGCUGAGCCCGACAUCAGCACAAACCAGAGGAAGACAGAAGCCAUCCUGCGCAGGCACCUGGAGCACAAGGCUGCAGAGAGGCUUACUAACCCUGGUGAGCACCACCCAGGAAGAUUUAAAGGCAGACCUAAUCUGGGUCGGCUGGCAUCCAAAAAUCUUGUGCCAUCAGCCCGCAGAGAUGAGUGCUUUGCUUCAUCUGGAGACACUACAUCAAAGUUCUCCUCAUCAGCAUGCAGUGAAGCUGCUGUUUCCUAUAAGGAAAUAAAGGUGCACCAGCCUGUCAGACACUCCCUGGUUAACAAUUACAGGAACUAAAUAGAGCGUGUUUCUAAACGAUUGUACUGUUUUGUGUGUGUCAUUUAAUAUAUGGAUGUGUUUUUCAUAAUUAUUCAAAGUAUAACCUAUUUAACUAUUAUGGCUCACACAUUACUGGAGUAGAAUUUGUCUCGAAAGACAGAGGACGUCACUGUCUGUCAUGGUUUAUGUAAUCUCAAUGCUUCUGCAAGGUUUGGCCUAUGUCGGUUUAUUCCAAUAGGUGGCAGCCUUGAGUUACGAGCAGAGCUUAAAUCCACUGCUGGCUGUAGAGGUACCAUUGACAAAAACAGGAUAUAAAUCAGUGCAUGCAGCAGAGAUGUGCACAUAAUGCUUUUGAUAUUGCAGCAACACUAUUUUUCUGUUGUGUUUCUCACUUAAUUAUUAGUAUUCCUUAUUUCCUAGCCCUUUGUUGAAUAAAUGUCAACACAUGUAUGGACUGUAGUGUCUUUAUCUGGAGUGUUGGCUGAAGAAUCUCUGACCUUUCGAAGGUGUGGAUGACCAAAGACUGAACAUGUGCCUGUGAAUAUGUCAUUAAAAGGCCCGUGGCAACACAAAUGAAGCUAAUUGUGGGUCAAAUGUGAAGCUAAGUGUGGAGCACAGGAGAUGAUGUUUGGAAUGUAUCACUCAGUUUAGAUACUGUAACAAAAGAGGAGUUGUUUUGUUCUGCUUUUAUUAUGUCCAUAUUUGAUUUUUGCCCAAGGAAAAGAUUAUGCUAGUUUGUUUUUAGAUAUUCUCGUUAUGUUUAAACAUAUCACAAUCCCACUGGUGGAAAGUAUCUUAACUUAAAGGUGCUAUUGAUAACUGAUAGCAUUCAGCCUCUAGAUGGCGCUCUCUCCUGCCCUGUCCAUUGAAUUCACUUUUAAACAGAUCAAUCAUUUCAUACCUGUUUACAUUUUAAAAUAAUUUAUACACAAUCAUCAUUUCUUUUAUUUGUUGUUGUUUUUUUAAAUAAUUGAUUACAUACAAAUGUUAUCAAUAUAACCUUUAAUAAAUGUUUGAGGUUCUUUUAUGCUUCUUAAUACUUUAUUUAUUUGACAACUUACGUUACUAGUCUCUUUGCAGUUAUAGAUCAUUAUCACAAAAAUAUCAACCAUUAAAUGACGAUACAUUUUAUUAGAUUCAACUACCCAGCAGAAUAAAAACGAGCUACAAUUAGCCCUGGCGUUCCAGCUACGAUAAAAAAGCGAUUAACACAAUCAUUCAUCAAUAACUAUUACCCAAUAUAAUAAAAUAUAUUCAUAUGAAAUAAGACCUUCUGAAUGACUACUUUUACUCUGGGUCCUUUAGGUGUAUUAAGAUGCAAAUACCAUUGUAGGAUUACUUAAUUCAAGUUUGGAUAACGGAACCUUUACUAGAAAAAUAUGGGCCAAUUACAUCAUGGAUCCUGGGUUUGUUGGAGGACUUGACAGGUAGAUCAUCAGCGUUAAUGGCACCAUAUGGUCAUAUGGUCUUCCCUAUAAUUGGAUCACCUCCGGGCUGUGUCGCAUCACUUUAUCUGUGCCUUCUGUACACGAAUAACUGCAGAUGUUCAUGUCUUGGCGGAGACAUUCUGAAGUUUUUUAUUAUUUCAACAUUGUGAGCCAGUCCAAGCGAGUAGUUUUCCACGUAGUCUAGUGAUUGAUUACAUUUUGUUCCAGUUUCUUACAACACAAUGCAGUGUAGGAUUUCAAGUUAACCUUCAGGUUGAAGCUAAUAACUCAAGUUAAAUGUUUGGUUGUUUUAUCUUCAAAAGCAAGCAAAUGUAGAAAUAGGAAUUACAUAUACAUACAGU